GAUCGCCGGCUAGUUCCGGACAACGCCUGGUGUGUGGUAACAACGGUGGCAGCGGCAGUGGCUAGAGAGAGGAGGACGCUUCUUUUCCGGCACGUACUUCCGGCAGGAGCGACGGGGGAACCUGCUCGGGAGUCCUAGAGGCUUCGCGGGGCAGGUGAAAGGGAGAAGUGAGAAUUACAUUGCUAUCAUUGCUGAAGAGGCUAGAGGAUGUAACAUUCCAGUAUAUAAGAGGCUACAAAUGCCCUAGUUACAUAUUUUUACGUACUCCAAAUACCUGGCCACAACAAGGAGAAAGAAUAUAACUAUUGUUGAAUGAGGAAUUUGUUGCUUCAGUAGCCUUUUUCUUCAAGAGUGGGUCUUUGAAUGAGGAUGACAAUGGAAGAGAUGAGGAAUGAAGCAGAGACCAUUUCUAUGGUUUCCAUGCCUCUUUAUGCUGUUAUGUAUCCUGUCUUUAAUGAGUUAGAACGAGUAAAUCUAUCAGCAGCUCAAACAUUGAGAGCAGCUUUUAUUAAGGCAGAAAGGGAAAAUCCAGGUCUCACACAGGAUAUUAUCAUAAAAAUUUUGGAGAAGAAAAGCAUUGAAGUUAAUUUUACUGAAUCUCUUCUGCGCAUGGCAGCUGAUGAUGUAGAAGAGUAUAUGAUUGAAAGGCCAGAGCCAGAAUUCCAAGACCUCAAUGAAAAGGCACGAGCACUUAAACAGAUUCUCAGCAAGAUUCCGGAUGAGAUCAAUGACAGAGUGAGGUUUCUUCAGACAAUCAAGGACAUUGCCAGUGCAAUAAAGGAACUUCUCGAUACAGUAAAUAAUGUCUUCAAGAAAUACCAGUACCAGAACCGGAGGGCACUUGAACACCAAAAGAAAGAAUUUGUAAAAUACUCCAAAAGUUUCAGUGACACUUUGAAAACUUAUUUUAAAGAUGGAAAGGCAAUAAAUGUGUUCGUAAGUGCCAACCGACUAAUUCAUCAAACUAACUUGAUACUCCAGACCUUCAAAACUGUGGCCUGAAAAAAAAAAAAACUGUAUAUGUUGAGAGCUGUACUUUUCAAUGAUGGAUAGGAUACCUUUAUAUGUAAACUUUAAAGUUUUGACUGUGUAAAUUAUCAAUCCCAAUUGAAGGGACUUAAUGCAGGAUUUUGAAUGGGAUUUAUUGCCAUCUUACACCAUAUUUUUGUAAAAACAUAGCUUAAUCAUAAUCUCACAAUGAAGAUUUUGCAUCACUUUUUUGCUAUUAUCAUUCUUUUCAGAAUUAUAAGCCAAAAGAAUUUACGCCUUAAUGUGUCAUUAUGUAACAUUCCUUAUAAGAACUGUAAAUAUUUGGUGUUCUGUUUCUGACAUUUUAACUUGAAAGCGAAAAACUGCAACAGGAUUAUGUAUUUAACAAUAUUGGUGGCAAAUAUUCAAUAAAUAGUUUACAUCUGUUUAUCUGUAUAAUUUUAUCCCAUGAUGGUGUCCUUGAAGCUAAAUCAAUGGGGAGAUGUACAUAUGUCUUCAGAGUUUACAAAGAACGAUGUCCUUUUAAGAAGAUAGAAUCUUAGUCAGCAUCUUCAAAGAUUCCUGAGCAGAAAUACUCUUUAACUACUGUCUUAGAAAGCUGACCCUUUCCCUCAAAACUUGAAAAUUGUUUUUUUUUUUCCAAAUUAUUUUUAGAGUAAAUUAUUAUAUUACCAAAGAACCCAUCAUUAGAGGUGGGGUGAACUGCAGGGCAUCUUUCGGGGGUGAUGGCAUGUGUGCAGUAGUUGAUAGAUACCUUUAUAUGUGUACUCAUGCAGCAUCACUGUCAGUAAAUGUGAUACCUGGUGCCAGGGUACAGGGUUUGUUUAUUGUGCCCUAUACAACCUGAGAAAAUUACUCAGAAUUGGAAGGGUGUGAUUAAGAGAUGUAUUCCUGGGCUAUUCAGAGUCAACACAGCCUCUAUAGUAGUAUGGCCUUGGUGCACUAAUUUUAGCUACACCAGAGAUUGUGAAUUUGCUUUUGUUAAUAUAAAUAUUCUGGUGGGAAUAUCGUUAGCGUUUGACAGUGUAACAAAAGCAAAACUGGAGUUUGCCCAAAGGAACUUAAUCUAAUUUUGAUAAUGGGAACCAAUGAAGGCAAGAGAGAUGAAGAUAACAUGCAGGCUACCCUAUCACUGUGCUAGAAAUUAUAUUUAAUAAAGUAUUGCAGUUAUAUCAAUGCAA